CACACGCACCUCCACAACCACGCGGAGGAGGAGGAGGAUCGGAGGAGGAGGCGCACGGAGCUGCCCACAGGCUCUCACUGCGGAACGCGCCUGGCUUCCUCUGGAGAUCACAUUGUGGAUCCUUGAAUCUACAAGCCACCAUCUCCCCAUCUCCACCACCCCCCCACCACCCCACUCGUGGCUGACACUCUCCGUGCGCGUCGUGGAUGGACAUUUGAAUCCAGCAUCAGCACCAGGAGGAAUACCACCCGAGCGCCAGGAGAGAAGGUGGCCGUGCCGGUGGAGGUCUUCACGGACACGACAGGUGGAUUAAUCUGAUUCUUUUUCUUGUGUCUUAUUUUUAUUUUUAUUUUUGGAUGGAGGAGCAAUUGAUGGAUUAAUUUGACGGGGUGGGUGGGGGGGAGACUCACCCCUUUGGAGGGCACCCGAAUGGAGUAACAGGCUGCAAUGUCAUCUCCACCUGGCCGCCUGGAGAGAUGUGUGACGGGAAUGGGAUUAAGUUGAAACACUUUUGGCACCACGCUUGCACCGCCGGCGCCGUGACGAGCAGGACCAAGGAUGGUCGGGGACGGCGGCGGCGGCUACGACGACUACUACUACUGCGCGCCGCCACGGGUCACCACGAAGGCUACCCACGCCUCGCCACGCACAACGGACCCGCAAGAAGAAGGCGCAAAACGGUCGCCGCAGCUCCAAACCUGCCGCAGACGCGCCUUGUGACACCCAAGGUUAUGAUGGGUGCAGUAUGCUGGAUGUUGCUGCUACUCUCCCACAUGGCGUUGCCGGCGGCGUCCCAGAAGCCUCCCGGGCUUAGCGUGGGAGUGGUCAUGGGCCAGACGCGCCCGGUACCCGACCAGGAGCUCCGCCCACCUCGGCGUCCCGAAGACGCUUUGGACGUCUCUGUGGUCCCUCUGAGGAUCAACCAAACAGACCCCAAGUCUGUUAUCACGCAGGUGUGCGAGCUCCUGUCACGUUCUCGUCUCCACGGCAUCGUGUUUGCCGAUGGUACCGACCAGGAGGCCAUUGCUCAGAUCUUGGACUUCCUGUCUGUUCAAACUCAACUUCCUGUCCUGGGAGUGCAUGGAGGCUCGUCUAUGAUUAUGGCCGACAAGGAUGAGAAGUCCACGUUCUUUCAGUUCGGCGCCGCUCUGCAACAGGAAGCUCUGCUCAUGCUGGCCAUCAUGGAAGAAUACGACUGGCACGUCUUCUCUAUCGUCACGUCCAAGUUCCCCGGCUACCAGGAAUUUAUCAGCACGCUGAGAGUCACAGUGGACCACAGCUUCGUGCGCUGGGACCUUCAAAGCGUGGUCACGCUGGACGCUGUGGACGGCGACCCCAACUCCAAAUCUCACAUCGCCCUCAAAAGGAUCCAAAGUCCCGUCAUCCUGCUCUACUGCUCCAAGGACGAGGCCGUGUACAUCCUGGAGGAGGCGCGCUCCUUGGGCCUCAUUGGAGCCGGAUAUAUCUGGAUCGUGUCCAGUCUCACCACCGGAAACCCAGACUUUACACCAGAGGCCUUUCCUCUAGGAAUGAUCUCUGUGUCCUACGACGACUGGGAGUACCCGCUGGAGACACGAAUGCGGGACGGGGUGGGCAUCAUCUCGUCCGCUGCCACCGCCAUGCUGCGGGAGAAGGGUGAACUGCCCGAAGCCCAAAGCAGCUGCUUCAGCACGCCGUCCGACCGCAGCCCAGGGAAGCUGCCGCCCAGCGCCCUGCGCAGACACAUGAUGCACGUGUGGAACGAGGGCAGAGAUCUGUCCUUCACCCCCGAUGGUUACCAGGCCAACCCCAAGUUGGUGGUCAUCGUGCUGAACAGCGAAAGGACGUGGGAGAAGAUGGGCCGCUGGGAGAACGGGACGCUGUCCUUGAUGUUCCCCGUGUGGCCGCGCUACAAUUCGCACGGCGACGAGGACGCCGACGAGAACCACUUGUCCAUCGUCACGCUGGAGGAGAAGCCCUUCGUCAUCGUGGACAACGUAGACAUUCUCACCGGAACCUGCAUGAGGAACUCUGUGCCCUGCCGCAAGCACGUCAAGGACAACAGCACGUCGGGAGGUUCCUACAUCAAGCAAUGCUGCAAAGGCUUCUGCAUUGACAUCCUGAAGAAGAUUGCCAGGAACGUCAAGUUCACCUAUGACCUCUACCUGGUGACCAACGGCAAACACGGCAAGAAGAUCAACAACGUGUGGAACGGCAUGGUGGGAGAGGUGGUGUACAAGAAAGCCGCCAUGGCGGUCGGCUCGUUGACCAUCAAUGAGGAGAGGUCGGAGGUCAUCGACUUCUCCGUGCCCUUUGUGGAGACGGGCAUCAGCGUGAUGGUGUCGCGUAGCAACGGCACCGUCUCUCCCUCUGCCUUCCUCGAGCCCUUCAGCGCCUCUGUUUGGGUGAUGAUGUUUGUGAUGCUGCUCAUCGUCACGGCCAUCGCUGUCUUCCUUUUUGAGUUUGUCUCUCCGCUGGGCUUCAACCGCAACUUGGCCCAAGGCAAAGAUCCUCAUGGUCCAUCAUUCACCAUUGGUAAGGCCAUCUGGCUGCUGUGGGGUCUGGUGUUCAACAACUCAGUCCCGGUCCAGAACCCAAAGGGCACCACCAGUAAGUUCAUCGUGUCGGUGUGGGCCUUCUUCGCUGUCAUCUUUUUGGCCUCGUACACCGCCAACCUGGCCGCCUUCAUGAUCCAGGAGGAGUUUGUGGACCAGGUCACUGGGCUCUCCGACAAGAAGUUCCAGAGUCCUUACUCCUAUUCCCCGCCUUUCCGCUUUGGGACGGUUCCCAACGGCAGCACGGAGCGCAACAUCCGCAAGAACUACCCGGACAUGCACCAGUACAUGACCAAGUACCACCAGAACGGCGUGCAGGACGCGCUGGUCAGCCUCAAGAGCGGCAAACUGGAUGCCUUCAUCUACGAUGCCGCCGUGCUCAACUACAUGGCGGGCCGCGACGACGGCUGCAAGCUGGUCACCAUCGGCAGUGGCUACAUCUUCGCCACCACGGGAUACGGCAUUGCACUGCAGAAAGGAUCCUACUGGAAGCGUCUGGUGGACCUGGCCAUCCUCGGCAUCAUCGGAGACGGUGAGAUGGAGGAGCUGGAAGCCCAGUGGCUGACGGGGAUCUGCCACAACGAGAAGAACGAGGUCAUGUCCAGCCAGCUGGACGUGGAUAACAUGGCGGGCGUUUUCUACAUGCUGGCCACCGCCAUGGGCCUUUCCAUCCUCACCUUCAUCUCCGAGCACCUCUUCUACUGGCGUCUGCGCUACUGCUUCACCGGCGUCUGCUCGGGGCGGCCGGGCCUCCUCUUCACCAUCAGCAGGGGCAUCUGGAGCUGCAUCCACGGCGUUCACAUCGACAUGAAGAAGAAGGCUCCCGAGUUGGACUUCAGUCCUCAGGCCAACAUGUUGCACCUGCUCAAGUCCGCCAAGUCCAUCGCCAUGUCCUCGCCUAAACGCAACACGGUGCUGCUGCAGCCCAGCAUCCUGGACGUGAUGACUGGCAAAGGUAACUCGCUGCAUCUGCCUCAAAAGGGUCCCGGUCUCUAUAGCAACGCUACCGGUCCGCAGGGUUUCCUGUCCUUGUCCGGCCGCCACAAAAACCUCCUCAACAAUGCGGCGCCCUUUCCCGCUCAGCCUAAAGUCCCCGCCCACCAGACCAGCCCCAACAAGCCCCAGCUGUCCAUCACCAACGACAACGGCAAGACCCGCCUCGCCGGACCCGCCUGCCCGCCAUCAAAGCCUCGCGCCCUUUGGAAGAAAAGUGUGGAGACACUCAAGACCCAACCCGGCGUGGCGGCGCCGGGAGCCGGCCCGAGCCCCACAGCGGCACCCGGACCCCCGGCCAUGAAGAGCCAGCGCUACCUUCCUGAAGAGCCUCCGCACUCUGAUAUCUCAGAGUGCUCCAGCCGACCGCCGUCACACAAAGACUCAGACUCCAUGGCGGCGAGGGGAGGGUUCAAGCCCAUCAAUCAGCUGAGGAAGAGGGGAGGCGGAGGCGGAGGAGGAUCCAAGAUUUACUCCAUAGACUCGGACCAGGCCAGCCUCCAGUCCGCUCCGCCGUACCAGCGAGACAGCCAAGGGGGCAGUGACGACCACACGUACCCGCCCGACCUCUUCCCCCCAGACAGCACGUACUCGCACAAAGCGGACACGCCCAUCCUGCAGCUGAGCGCCACUUUGCUGCACCACAGUCACAGCGCAGAGGCCGACCUCCACUCCAUGAAGGACAAAAAGUACAGCACCUACACACACAGCAGUGUAAAGGACAAGUCCGGUGGUUCCUUCGACGCUCCAAGCUCAGGGGUGAGCUCUCAGGGCAUCCGCCCAGGCCACUGCCGCUCAUGCCUGACCAAGCUAAGCGGCUACUCCGGCCUCUACACAGUCCGCUCUCCGCAGGCUCGCUGCGACGCCUGCGCCCACCUGGGCAACCUGUACGACAUCAGCGAGGACCACCUGCACUACUCGCACGGUGGCGACAUGUUUGCCCACUUCCUGCCCCAGAGCCAGCUGGGCCUGGUGGGCGAGGGGGACGACUUGGUCAGCCACUUUGAACCCACUCCGUCGUCGCCGUCCGCGCUUCCCGCCUCCUCGUCGGCGCAGCACCUGCAGCUGAGUCGGCAGCACUCCUACGAGAACGUGGUUCCUGAUGGCGUUCCCGAGCGGCAGCCUCACCUGCGCGGCUUGAGUCUACCCGACAGGGAGCGGGAGCUGACCCUAGACGAGGGGGCGUAUGCUAACGUCCUCACUAUGCGCUCUGACCGCCCGUUCAGCGGCCGCAGCCCACCGUCACCGUCCCCCUCCCACCAUCCCAGCUUGGAUGCUCCCAUGCCCCUUCCCCGUCGCUCCAAGAGCCUCUUCCCCGAUCGCCCCUCCCACAACCCCUUCCUGCAGUUGGCCCCGGUUCAGCGGGAGACCGCCUCUCAUAGCGCCCCUCGCAUGUCACAGAGAAGCUCCGCCCUCGAGCUCUACAAGCAGCGCAUGCCGCUGUCGCUCACCCUCGGCAACCACGGUGGCCACCACGCCAACCAGCACCAUGUCGACCCGCAGGUCUUCUACCCUCAGCAAGAGCCCCCGGUGGUGGCCUACAUGGUCCCGCCCGCCGCCGCCCAGCCCAUGAGCUACGUGACGGCGCCGCGAGCUUCCAGUGCUGGUGGGAACAGGCCCCGCCUCUACCGCCGCAUGCCUAGUAUCGAGUCUGAUGUGUGAGACUAGCACUUCCUGUCACUGACACGCGUCUCCAAAAAGGCGGGGUGUUUGAGCGAAUCAGGCAACAUGAAAUGACCUUCCAAGGCAGAUGGAAUUCUGUCCGCCCCCACACCUCCUCCCCCCACCGGCUUCUCUGAGUCACGGGGAGCCGCCCAGCCCCGCACUUUUUUUUUUUGUUUGCUGUGUGUGCACCUCAAUUUCAACCCUCUGCAGCCAACAUGUGUCUUCUACGAGCACACAUGGAGCCCCGUAGGACUCGAACCCGCGGGAGGACUUCACGUGGCGGCUCGGUUGGCAGGGUGUCCACAUCCCAACACACACACACACAUUGUGUAAACACACAGGGAUAGACUGUUUGAUAACGUUGAUGUCAGCUAAUUGAACAUUCCAAAAAAAAGGGGGGGAGGGCGGUCCCAAAUGGCCGCCAAUCAAAUCCUCUCAGGAUGAGAGUGUGCGUUCUGAGUGUUCCAAGAAGGACACACACACACACAUAAUUUAGCAUCCUAGCUUCCUUCCUCUCUUAGCUCCUAGCCUUUCAGGUCACACACUGCAUGCUUCCUAAGGCCCUGACCUACGCUCACACACUGAUGCAGGGUCAUAUGUGCACACACACACACACAUGCACAGCAGUGGAGGAUGGCUCCUUACAGUGUGUGUAUGUGUGUGUGUGUGCGCGUGUGUGUGUGUUGAUGCUCUUUGUGCACUUUGUACAUUUUAUAACUUGCCACCAAACACAAACCAAAAAAACACUUUUUUAUACUCAGAAUUCCCUGGAUGAUUUGAUGUCUUCUGCUAUUUUUCUUUUCUUUCUCGGGUUCCUUCGCCUUCACGAGUGUUGGAUAACGAGUACAGUGUCAUAGAUAUUGAUAUGAUUUUAUUCCCAGCCCCUCCCACUUCCUUUAGCGGCUUCAUGCUGUCAUGUUAUGAGUAGAUUAGCGGUGGAUUGAAGGUCAGUGGUGCACUUUGUUUACAUCGUCGGCAUUGGAUUCGGGCACAUUGUUUACGUUGUGCUGCGGAAGAUUCAAGCGUUUUCCUGGUCUUUCCAUCAGAAUUUUCAACAAAUUUUGGGGAGACGGGGGGGGAUCUGGUGUAAAGACCCGACCGCGUACUGUGGUGCAACCGUGUUAUUUUACAGGUGUGCUUUUAUUUUGAAGGCCAACAGGACGUGUUAAGGCAAUGUUGUCAGGCAGAAUGCUGGAAAAUACCGGAAACUACGUAAAGGAAUUGAUAAAAAGGAAGGUGAGGGUGGCAGGUAUGGAUGAAUUUCCAAGCUGUGUCCCACCUGAGGCUCGGUGCAUCAAUCCCAGAGAGAGUUAGCAGUUGUUUAACUCGUGCUGUGUCUCAAAUGUCAGUUUAACUCCGUACACCUAUGGUCUCUUGUGACCACCCCCAGGGCACACACCCAUUGGAAGACAUUUCAGCUUUUAUUUUCAGGUACAGUCAUUCUUCACUACAUCUAAAUUGCCGUUUGAACAUUGCUUGCUUACACUAUUGCAUUUUUUUGAAUUAUUAUUGAAUAAUUAAUCGCUAAUUAAUUGUUAAUUAUGGCCUAUUCUUAUUCUAUUUAAAAAUAUGCAAAUUGUGCAAACUGUAUUUUUGCUGAAGAAGGGGAUUUUCAAGCAUAAAAAUGUCAAAAUUAACUGAAUUACGUUAUUUAGACGGCUGCACAGUGGUCAAGUGGUUAGCGCGCAGACCUCACAGGUUUUCUCCGGGUACUCCGGUUUCCUCCCACAUUCCAAAAACAUGCUAGGUUAAUUGGCGACUCCAAAUUGUCCAUAGGUAUGAAUGUGAGUGUGAAUGGUUGUUUGUCUAUAUGUGCCCUGUGAUUGGCUGGCCACCAGUCCAGGGUGUACACCCGCCUCUCGCCCGAAGACAGCUGGGAUAGGCUCCAGCACCCCCACGACCCUUGUGAGGAUAAGCGGUAGAAAAUGAAUGAAUGAAUGAAAAAAAUGGCAAAAUUCACUGAAAUACGUCAUUGAGAUGGCUGCAUGGUGGUCGAGUGGUUACUGCGCAGACCUCACAGCUUGGAGACUUGAGUUCAAUCCCACCCUCGGCCAUCUCUGUGUGGAGUUUGCAUGUUUUCCCCGUGCAUGCGUGGGUUUUCUCCGGGUACUCCGGUUUCCUCCCACAUUCCAAAAACAUGCUAGGUUAAUUGGCGACUCGAAAUUAUCCAUAUGUAUGAAUGUGAGUGUGAAUGGUUGUUUGUCUAUAUGUGCCCUGUGAUUGGCUGGCCACCAGUCCAGGGUGUACCCCGCCUCUCGCUUGAAGACAGCUGGGAUAGGCUCCAGCACUCACUGCAAGGAUAAGCGGUAAAAAAUGAAUGAAUGAACAAAUGAAUGUCAUUAAGACCACCACUCAACUUAUGAGUGUAGUACUCCACAUUGGUCACUAGGUGUCAGUAAUUGUUUGGCAAGACAAGCACCAGCUUUAAAUGAUCUCUGGCACAGUAAUGAUCAUAACAAUAACUCGGGGUACCAUUGUGGCCCACCAUAGCUCACAACAAGCGAAAACUCUUUACUGAACUUGGACAAAUGAUUGACCUGGACGCAAAAAAAGCGGGAUUACUUAUCUGGAUGCACAACUUAAAAGAUAGAACCCAUUUUUCAUGUGAGCAAAAGUAUCGGGACAUGUGAGUGACAGUCUGUGCUCCAUUUCAGAUUGGCUUGGAUGGGUUUUUGCUUGUGUCGACUGCAAUUAGUGGUGAAAACAACAUGAAAACCACUGCAUGAAAUCUUGGGAUAUGGUUUGUUAUGAAGUACUAUGGAGAUAAAAAUGCUGAAAGACGGCCAUAUUUGAAUGGUCAUUAUCUGGGAAGGACCCCAGCCCUCAGUUCGGACACAGCUUCAGAGUGGACCAAUCGUGUUCCUCAUAUCGACUGACUGCUUUUUCAAUUUCAUUGAAUUCUCCCAUGCGUUAUAUUUGAUCUUAUGUUCCAACAUGGCUGCACAGAAGCGGCCCAUCGGUCCGCUGAGCCGGUUUGUGACUUAUAUGCAUAAUAUCAGGUUGCAAUAUUUAUUUAUUUAUGUACAGAGACUUUUUUUCCGGUUAGUUAUUUAGUUUUUUCUUCCAAAUAUUUGGUUUAAUGAGUGGGAUUAGAAUGGUACCAAGUGGCGUCUUCACUUCAAUAACAGCUUUUUUGUUCCUCGGAUGACAGCAAACUGGCAUGUUUUGGAUUCUUCUGUGACUUUUUUUUUUCUUUUUCAUUUUGGAUUUUAUGAUUUUUAUUCCACCCCUCCACCCCCGCUGUGAUGUGGGAAAAGUAGACCUGCGUCGCCGGGGCGGCCUUAUCGGCAUCAAUGAGGAGUCCGGUCUCAGCGGUUCCGAGUGCGCCCACCAACUUCUCUUUCACUACGAGUCUGUGCUGUUUUACUUGUGUGUGUGUGUGUGUGUGUGUGUGUUUUACACUGAGCAGGCAUUUAUAUAAGACAAUGGAUGAAGAGUGUGUGCGUGUACUUUUCUGUUCUCUCUUCCCUUCAUCCCACUCAUAACUUUUGACCCAUCUCAUGUAACACACACACACACACUUCCACACACAUACACAGUAGUGUGUGUGUGUGUGUUGUGUGUGUUGUUGAGUUUCGUACCAUCACUCCAGAUUUUUACACUUUUUUUAAAAACUUGCAUGACCGUGCUCGUGCUUCUGGUGGUUUCUCUUUUUGCUGCAGCACCUCCCCGAAGGUCACAUGACCGUAUCACACACACACACACCAACGCAGCACACACACACACACACACACACACACAGACACACACAAAAAACACACACUGAUGCUGGACUGGAGCUGGAACUGGACCCCUCCCCCGCAGGACGGUGCAAUGAGGGAAAUGAUGUUUCCGAGUGGGCACGGUAUGUUGGGCCCCAAUCGUGCACGGGUGGUGGGUGGUGUGUGUGCGUGUGUAUGUGUGUGUGUGUGUGUGUGUGCGCACGCAUCGGUGUGUGUUCCCUUGGGUCUGUGCUGUGUGCUCACUUGUGUAUAAGUUCAGGGGUUUCUAAGCUACUAGUUGUGUUGUACAUAAAACUUGUCACUCAGUACCUCUGUACAAUGUGUAAAUAAGUAAAGGUUACAUUUUUCUACUCGCCCGACUCUUUCAUUGGACUUUAUGUGCUGUGGAAGUAUCGUCCACUCAUACUCCACCUGUGUCAUCUUCUGUCAUGUUCACUUCUUUUAUCACUGAGGCUCUUUGUGGAUCAUCCUGUCUGGAGCUCAUGAUGCCGUGCCAACGUCCUGUUA